AUGGCAAGAUCACCAUUUCUUGGCCUUAGAGGCGCUCGCCUCAACACAGUUCUGAUGAUUGUAGCCGGCACCGAAUUCUUAUUGUUCGGUUACGACCAGGGUGUCAUGGGUGGGCUCCUCACGCUACCAUCCUUCACCAAUGUGUUCCCUGAGAUUUGCACUACAAAGGAGUGUAAUGCUCUCAGGUCGCCUGCCGAGAAUAGUCAUGUGUCGACAAUCCAAGGCGUUUCAAUAUCCUCCUAUAAUUUGGGUUGUUUUGUGGGCGCCCUUACCGCCAUGCGGUAUGGCCAGGUCUUUGGACGUCGUCGAACUAUCUUCAUAGGCUGUACGUUCGUCAUCAUCGGCGCUAUCCUCCAAUUCGCAUCGUUUGGACUGCCCCAGUUCAUUGUCGGACGCGUUGUCUGUGGUUUCGGCACUGGCAUCAACACCUCGACUGUUCCUGUUUGGCAAUCCGAAACUACCAAACCCCACCAAAGAGGGCCCGUGGUCGCUUUCGGAACAUCAAUGGUCAUUGCAGGCGUUUGUCUUAGCUACUGGAUCGAUUACGGAUUCUCGUUUGUCAAGACAAGCUCAGUCGCGUGGCGAUUCCCCGUCGCUUUCCAGAUCAUUUUCGCCCUGAUCGUUCUAGUCAUGGUUCUUGUCAUGCCAGAAUCGCCGAGGUGGCUCGUCCACAAAGAUAGGGUCGAGGAAGCUGCCCAAGUCAUCAGCGCCCUGUACGAUCUGCCCGAACAAGAUCCAGUCGUGGCUGAUCAACUUCAAGCAAUUCGAGCCGUUCACUCAGUCGACGCGAAAGGAAGUCUCAAUAACAUGUUCAUCCAAGGGUCUCUCAAGAACCGUACUCGCAUGAUUCUUGGAGUCAGCAUCCAGAUCCUUUCCCAGCUGACUGGUAUUAACAUCAUCACAUAUUAUGCGGCGGUGAUCUAUCAGAACGAAAUCGGGCUGUCUCCAGGGGUCUCAAGACUUCUUGCUGCUGGUAAUGGCACUCAAUACUUCCUGGCAUCACUCUUCUCAAUUCCAUUCGUCAAGUAUUUCGGUAGACGGAAAGUGCUCAUGACUGUGUCGUCCGGACAAGCAUUCGCUAUGGUCAUACUCGCAAUCAUGAACAGCAUCGGCGGCCGGGGCCCUGGCAUCGUUGCUGCUGCCUUCCUGUUCGUUUUCAACACCUUCUUUGGCAUCGGAUACGCGCAAGUUUCGUGGCUGUAUCCGGCAGAAAUCACGCCACUGCGAAUCCGCGCUCCGGCCAACGCGCUCUCGACCUCAGCAAAUUGGAUUUGCAACUUUAUGGUCGUCAUGAUCACACCUGUCGCUUUUAACAACAUCGGAUGGCGCACUUAUCUCAUCUUCGCCGUCUUCAACAGUGCCGCGUUGCCGAUCAUGUACUUUUGCUACCCAGAAACCAAAGGUCGUUCAUUGGAGGAAGUGGACCUUAUCUUCCGUGAUUCCAAGAACCUUCGUCAAGCCGUCAAGUUGUCCUUCACCAUGGAAAUGCACUAUGACAGCAAGGGUGACAUGAUCAGAAGCGUGACCCAUGAUAUUGAAGACUUGGAUAGAGAUCCACAUCGACCUAAAGAGCGCGCCUCUGAAGUCGAACACCAUGAGGAAAUCGUCAAAGGGGAGUAG